CACACCCCUUCCUCUGCUGAAGGGCCAAACAAACGGCGUGGUAAAGGAAAUCAGUGGCUGACUUUCGUUACGUUCAUCUCAGUUAUGGCAUCGUUUCCAUACCUCGUCAAGUCGGCAGCUGCUUCGUGCUGAAGGGAAAAGCCGAGUAAUUGGUGAAAGUACUGACCCCGAAGAGCAGAGAAAGGCCGAUGAACUCUUGAUUUGCUCAGUGCUGGAGUGUGGUGAAGCCAGAGGUGCAUCGCUGGUGUGCAUCAGGUCCAGGAACCAUCAAUGUGGACUUCAGCUGGUGAUUUGAAGAGUCACACAUAGGAGCUCCCGGAGUCUCUCCUGUCCCCUCUCCCCCUCCCUUCCCUCUGUCCCUCCCUCUCCCCUUCCCUUGUCAGUCUUCCCCUGGAUCCCCCUUCCCCCUUUCUUCAAGAUUCAUCAUGCUUAUCAAGGAGUAUCGCAUCCCCAUGCCCAUGAGUGUGGAGGAGUACCGUAUCGCCCAGCUGUAUAUGAUUCAGAAAAAGAGCAGAGAAGAGAGCUGUGGUGAAGGUAGUGGGGUGGAGAUCCUAGAGAAUAAGCCCUACACAGAUGGACCAGGUGGGACAGGGCAGUACACCCACAAGGUCUACCACAUUGGCAUGCACAUUCCUAGCUGGUUCCGCUCCAUCUUGCCCAAAGCAGCACUGAGGGUUGAAGAGGAGUCAUGGAACGCCUACCCUUACACCCGCACCAGAUACACCUGUCCCUUUGUUGAGAAGUUCUCCAUUGACAUUGAAACCUACUACAAACCUGACACAGGCAACCAAGGAGAUGUCUUCAACAUGUCUGCUGCAGAGAAAAGGCAGAGGACUAUUGACCCAAUCGACAUAGUGAGCGAUCCCAUUCCCCCUCAUGAGUACAAAGCAGAGGAGGACCCACGGCUCUACAAGUCAGUCAAGACCCAGAGGGGCCCUCUGCAAGACGACUGGAUAGAGGAGUACAACAAUAACCCAGGGAAGACCCCCAUCAUGUGUGCCUACAAAUUGUGCAAGGUGGAGUUCCGCUACUGGGGCAUGCAGUCGAAGAUUGAACGCUUCAUUCAUGAUGUUGGACUGAGAAAGGUGAUGGUGCGUGCCCACCGGCAGGCCUGGUGCUGGCAGGAUGAGUGGUACGGUCUGACUAUCGAGGACAUCAGGCAGCUGGAGCUGGAAACCCAGCUGGCCCUGGCCAGGAAGAUGGCCCAGUUCAGUCAGGCAGAGGAGGCCAGCGAGGCCAACGGAGGCGCUCCGUCUCCAGACAAAGACCAAGAGGUUAAAGAGGCGAUCAGCUCUAUUGAAGCUGAGGAGGUGGUUGUCAGCUCAGGAGAGACUCUCCAGCCACGAGGUGUACUGACUAAGCAGUGGUCCACUUCCUCCCGCUCAUCCCGCUCAUCCAAGAGAGGAGUGAGCCCGUCACGUCACAGCAUCUCAGAGUGGAGGAUGCAGAGCAUAGCGCGAGACUCAGACGACAGCUCAGACGAAGAGUUCUUUGACGCUCAUGAGGAUCUCUCAGACGGCGAGGAGGUCUUCCCAAAGGAAAUCGCCAAGUGGAACUCCAAUGACCUCAUGGACAAGAUUGAAGCCACAGACGCAGAGGAAACUCCUGGUGAGCUGUUCAAGGAAAUGACUGUGGAUUAUGAAAGAGCAACCAGUGAGGAAAGACUAGAUGAGGAAAGCUCAUCCCAGCAGUGCCUGCAGCCUUCCAAGAUCCAUGUGCUGAUCUUGGUACUGCACGGAGGGAACAUCCUGGAUACAGGCGGAGGGGACCAGAACAGCAAGCAGGCAGACGUCAACACGAUUAGUACGGCCUUUGACACAGUCAUGCGUGUUCACUACCCCGCUGCGCUGGGACGCAUCGCCAUUCGCUUGGUGCCCUGCCCUGCCAUCUGUGCCGAGGCCUUCUCCUUGGUGUCCAACCUGAGCCCUUAUAGCUACGAUGAGGGUUGUCUGUCCAGCAGCCAGGACCACAUCCCACUGGCAGCUCUGCCCCUCCUGGCCACGUCCGCUCCACAGUACCAGGAUGCCGUGGCCACUGUCAUCGCCAGAGCCAACCAGGUCUUCGCUGAUUUUAUAAAGUCUCUGGACGGGUCUGCCUUCUCUGGCCAGGUAUGCCUAAUUGGAGACUGUGUGGGAGGAAUCUUGGGAUUUGAUGCACUGUGCAGCAGCAAUCAGACAGUAAAUGAAAGCCAGAACAGCAGUAGGAGGGGCAGUGUCGUCAGUGUACAGGAUCAGGACCUCCUCUCUCCUGGCAUCAUUGUCAACAGCGGGCAUGGGUCAUCUUCUCCAACCCUGGAGGGCAGCCGCCACCUCAGCCGCAGUAACAUCGACAUCCCUCGUGCAGGUGACGACACCAAGAGACAACUGCCACGCAAGAGAAGUGACUCCUCCACCUACGAACUGGACACAAUAAAACAACACCAGGCCUUCCUGUCCAGCUUACACUCCAGUGUCUUGCGGAAUGAUGCAGCUUCACGCAGGUCGAGCAGCAGCACUAUGCUGGAUGGAGGAUCCCUGGGGAAGUUUGACUUUGAGGUGUCUGACUUUUUCCUCUUUGGCUCUCCACUGGGCUUGGUACUCGCCCUGAGAAAGACUGUCAUUCCUAUGCUAGAUGUGGCCCAGCUGCGCCCUGCCUGUCAGCAGGUCUAUAACCUGUUCCACCCAGCCGAUCCCUCAGCCUCCCGCCUGGAGCCUCUCCUGGAGAGGAAAUUUCACCUCCUGCCUCCCUUCAACGUGCCCCGUUACCAACGCUUUCCCCUGGGAGAUGGAAACUCUGCCCUACUGGUGGAGACAGUCCAGAGCAACGCUCAGCUGCUACUUGACAGCGGGCCUACCCUGUCCCUUCGCUGUCAGGAGACCAUCACGGAUGUUGUUCAGUCUCAUGGUGGUGUCUUCAUGGACAGUUCGUACCCCUCAUCCCCUGUAACGGGCCCCCUCUCCCGGGGCCAGCGGAGGGCCAGUGAGGUCAGCAUUGCCAGCCAGGUCUCAGGAAUGGCAGACAGUUACACUGCCACCAACAUAGCCAACACCAAAUCAUGCCAAAUUAACCAAUCCAAAAAGUUCAGCCUUUUGUCCCAACUCGCCCUAUCAUCACAAAAUAAAUUCUUCCUGAAAAGUCCUCCUAAGUCCCGUAAGAAAGCAAAGGCUGGCCAGGCUGCAGGAUCACCUGAUGCAGAUCCAGUGGCAGAGCUGGACGGUGAGGCAGACUCUAGUGAAGGUCUAAGUCCCAUUGGCCAGUACGAGAACUGCCCGUCAGCGGGGCUGGACUGUGCUAUAUCUGAUCUGGUCUCACUGGACUCCCAGGCUGAAGUGGAGCAAGUUGCAGCACGUUGGUGGGGCACAAAGAGGUUGGACUUUGCCCUGUAUUGCCCCGAUGCUCUGACCGCUUUCCCCACAGUGGCUUUACCACACCUCUUCCACGCAUCAUACUGGGAGUCCACUGAUGUCGUGUCUUUUCUCCUGAGGCAGGUCAUGAGGCAUGAAAACUCCAGCAUCCUGGAGCUUGAUGGAAAAGAAGUGUCUGAAUUCACCCCCUCCAAACCUCGAGAGAAGUGGCUCCGCAAGAGGACUCAUGUAAAGAUCAGGAAUGUGACUGCCAACCACCGAGUAAACGAUGCCGUGUUUACCGAAGACAGCCAGCAGGUCGUGACUGGUCGCUUCAUGUACGGCCCCCUGGACAUGGUCACUUUGGCAGGGGAGAAGGUUGACCUACACAUCAUGACCCAGCCUCCAUCAGGAGAAUGGGUGUACUUCAACACAGAGGUGACCAACAGUAGUGGCCGUGUGUCUUUUAUCAUCCCAGAAGACAAGCGUCUGGGCAUCGGAGUCUACCCAGUGAAAAUGGUUGUCAGGGGCGACCACACAUUUGCAGACAGCUACCUGACAGUUAUUCCACGUGGCACAGAGUUUGUGGUAUUCAGUAUUGACGGGUCUUUUGCUGCCAGUGUGUCAAUUAUGGGCAGUGAUCCCAAAGUGCGGGCAGGAGCUGUGGACGUUGUCAGGCACUGGCAGGAUUUAGGCUAUUUGAUCAUCUAUGUGACAGGACGUCCAGACAUGCAGAAGCAGCGGGUAGUGGCUUGGUUGUCUCAGCACAACUUCCCUCAUGGCAUUGUCUCCUUCUGUGAUGGUUUGGUCCACGACCCGCUCAGACACAAGGCCAACUUCCUCAAGACCUUAACAGAGGCUCACAUGAAGAUAUUCGCUGGCUAUGGAUCAACCAAAGACAUUUCAGUCUACACCUCCAUUGGCCUCCCUCCCUCCCAAAUAUACAUCGUCGGCAGACCCUCCAAGAAGAUGCAGCACCAGUGUCAGUUCAUCACAGAGGGAUAUGCAGCUCAUUUGUCUCAGCUGGAGUAUAACCACCGUUCUCGGCCAGCCAAGUCCAGCAGCGCACGUAUGGUGCUACGUAAAGGCAGCUUCGGCCUGGGCGCAAACAGCGACUUCCUGAGGAAAAGGAACCACCUGCUGCGCACCAUCUCCUCCCAGCCAGCCCCCAGCUCCCCAACAGGCAGCAUCCACAACAGACCAGAGCGCACACAGAGCCAAUCAGACAGCGAACGGCUGGAGCGGGAGCGACUGGAGCGCGCUCACAGCCACAGCCAGGGAGCAACCCAGCGCAGCAUGAGCAUCACAGCGAGCUGCUGGGGCCGCAGCAGCAGCACCAAGCUGGAACCAGGAGUUCUCAGCCCAAAAUAGGAUUAGGGAGACAAUAUGAGCGUACCUUUGCGAGAGUGACUUAUAGAUACAGUGCUGAGGAAGAGACACGUGACAUUAAGAUAAAUGGAAAGAGUGAAAAACAGUUUGCCUGCACCAGAUGGGUAAAAAUCAUAGGUGCUACAAACCACUCUUUAUAAAACUAAUGCCAGUCACAUUUAUGGACAGAAGCUAUGGCUAUAUUUAUUAUAAAACACACACAACUCAAUAGGCAUUUCAAAAAGCAUUUUCCUGAAGCAGGAACAUGCACACAAACAGAUCUAGCUAAUGUUGUAGGAAUCCAGACCAUUUUUACUGUUUAGUAACUAUUUAUCUUGAAUACAAGGUCGGUUUUCCUCCUACAACAGGCUUUUAGAUCGGAAAUGGUCACACAUAAAAGCAUCUCCAUGCUGUUUACUCCAGCAAACAACAGAGUGGUUACAGACAGUUUGUAUCAGGUCCACUUCUGAUACUGCACUGCAGCUGACUACUGUGGCCACUGCAAGCACAACAAUUACUAUAGAUAAAGAUAAACUUUGUGAAUAAUGGUUUUAAAGCUAUGUCCUUUUUAUGCGAUAAUCAGAUAAGUUGUAGUCUGAGAGGAGAGCUAAGAAUCAGGUCAAACUGGACUGAAUGUGUUUGUUUUGGGUGUGACCACACAAACAGUCAUUUAGCCCAAAUGUAUCUUUGUUAGAUUUUCUUUUCAUUGUCAUUUAUCAACAAUACAGAGCAAUGUUAUGGUGAUUUAUAAACCAACUAGAAAUGAUUUGAUCAAGAGCUGCUGCUUAUUGCAUAUACUUCUAGUGUUUGCAAACUACAAUGAGUAAAUGAUGUUUCAAACCAUACAGUCCAGUUUUUCUUGUUUUCUAGUCAUCCCUCGGACCAAAGAACCAUCCAAAUAUCACAUGAAGCAAACUACGAAAUUACCCUUUAACUAUGGUUGCAGCUGAAACUGUUCCUGGGUUUUUUUUAUAGCAUUUCACCACAUGACACCAUACUGCGCUGCUGUACCUUCCUAAAUACGUAAUGUAUGACUCAACUAUAGAGAAAUCUCCUGCUACUGUACGGUUAAUGUGCCAAAGUAAACAGUAUAGAAUGAUAUGCUGUACAUGAACAGAGAGGAAAGGAUUAGGGUUUCCUGUGUAAAAAUGGAAUAGAUUGUGUAAGUAUGUAGUUGAAUGCCUUAACAAGGCUUGUACAUAGUUGUUAUAUUACAGUGCAGAUCUGGUAUCUGGUCCACUGAAGACCAGUUUCAAGUGUCUUCUUUCCUCUGGAGGUAAACACCAACUCAUUCAGGAUACACUUUAUUGAUUGAUGAUGAUAAUUAUUGUUAUUUAAGAUAUAUAGAUAUUUUAAAAUGUAUUGAUUUUGUGAACAAAAUG